CACUGUCGCUGCUAUAAAUGCCUCGCUGGCUUUUUUGCCACACCUUCUACUCACAUCAUUUCACAUACAUACACUCGGCCGCACCCAAACUUUCCCCAGCCAACCUUCGGAUCUCCACAUCCGUCAUGUCCUACCGCCCUAACUACCAAGGCGGCGGCCGCAGAGGUGCCGCCUCAUCCUCUGGUCGAGGCAGAGGUCGCCGCGGAGGAGGCGGUGGCAGCGGCGGUCGCGGUGGUGGACGCGGCGAGCAAAGAUGGUGGGACCCAGUUUGGCGAGCUGAGCGCCUGAGACAACAAGAAGCUGAGAAGGAGUUGCUUGAUGAGAAUGAGUGGUGGGAUAAGAUAGAGAAGAUGAAAAGAGGAGGGGAGCAGGAAAUGAUCAUCAAGCGUUACUUUAGUGUUGCAGAUCAGCAAACUCUAGCUGAUAUGGCUUAUAAGCAUGGGCUUUACUUCCAUGCUUAUGAUAAGGGGAAGACUCUUGUUGUUAGCAAAGUUCCAUUGCCAGAUUACCGUGCAGAUCUUGAUGCGCGUCAUGGAUCAACACAGAAGGAGAUUAGAAUGUCCACAGACAUGGAGAGGAGAGUAGGAAAUCUUUUGAAUAGCUCACAGUCAAUAGAGGCAGCAUCUGCUAGUUUGCCUUCUGUAUCAACUGACCUGGGACAUAAACAAUCAAUGACUACUAUAAAAUCUGUUUCUUCACAGAAGACUGAUUCUUCAAAGGAGAAACUUAGUGUUGUACUCAAAGAAAGGCAGGAACUUGCACAGGCUAGUGAUUGUUUGAAGGAAAUGAUAUCAUUUAGAGAGAAGCUUCCUGCAUUUAAAAUGAAGUCUGAGUUUCUGAAAGCGGUUCAAGAAAAUCAGGUAUUGGUAGUUUCAGGAGAGACAGGUUGUGGCAAGACAACGCAACUGCCACAAUUUAUACUGGAAGAAGAAAUAUCGCGUUUGCGUGGAGCUGAUUGCAACAUAAUUUGUACUCAGCCUCGUCGCAUAUCUGCAAUUUCUGUUGCAGCUCGAAUAUCUGCUGAAAGGGCCGAGAGUCUUGGUGAAACAGUUGGAUACCAAAUCCGGCUUGAAACAAAAUGUUCUGCGGAAACACGCCUUCUUUUCUGCACCACUGGUGUAUUACUUAGGAAAUUGGUCCAAGAUCCAGAGUUGGCUGGUGUUAGUCAUUUGCUGGUGGAUGAAAUUCAUGAAAGAGGCAUGAAUGAAGACUUUUUGAUUAUAAUUUUGCGUGACCUUCUUCCUCGACGUCCAGAUUUGCGUCUCAUUCUAAUGAGUGCCACUAUCAAUGCUGAUUUGUUCUCUGAAUACUUUGCAAAUGCCCCAACAUUGCACAUACCGGGAUUUACUUUCCCUGUGGUGGAGCACUUCCUAGAAGAUGUGUUGGACAAAACUCGAUAUAUCAUCAAGUCGGAGUUUGACAAUUUUGAGGUGAAUUCAAGGAGAAGAAGGAAACAACAGGAUUCUAAGAAGGAAUCUUUGACCGAAAUGUUUGAGGAUAUUGAUGUAGAUAGUCAUUACAAAAAUUACAGCUUAGGUGUUAGAAAAUCUCUUGAAGCUUGGUCAGGUUCACAGAUUGAUUUGGGUCUGGUAGAGGCAACAAUUGAAUAUAUAUGUCGGAAUGAAGGUGGUGGAGCAAUUCUUGUAUUUCUUACUGGCUGGGAUGAAAUCUCUAAGCUGCUUGACAAACUUAAAGGAAAUAACUUUCUUGGAGACCCUAACAAAUUUUUAGUCCUUCCUUUACAUGGCUCAAUGCCUACCAUCAACCAGCGUGAAAUAUUUGACCGCCCUCCCCCUAACAUGAGAAAAAUUGUACUAGCAACAAAUAUUGCUGAGAGUAGCAUCACCAUAGAUGACGUUGUGCAUGUCAUAGACUGUGGUAAGGCUAAGGAGACCAGCUAUGAUGCUCUAAAUAAGCUUGCCUGCCUGUUACCAUCCUGGAUUUCAAAGGCUUCAGCUCAUCAGAGACGUGGCCGAGCUGGUCGCGUGCAACCUGGAGUUUGUUAUAGGUUGUAUCCAAAACUGAUCCACGAUGCAAUGCCUCAGUAUCAGUUAGCUGAAAUCCUCCGAACACCGUUGCAAGAAUUGUGCCUGCAUAUUAAAAGUUUGCAGCUUGGAACUGUGGGAUCAUUUUUAGGAAAGGCACUUCAGCCACCAGAUCCUCUCGCUGUUCAGAAUGCUAUUGAGCUUCUAAAAACAAUUGGGGCAUUAGAUGAUAUGGAGGAGCUUACUCCACUGGGUCGGCAUCUUUGCACCAUACCUUUGGACCCAAAUAUAGGGAAGAUGCUUCUCAUGGGCUCUAUCUUUCAGUGCCUCAAUCCCGCCUUGACUAUAGCUGCAGCUCUUGCUUAUCGCAACCCAUUUGUCCUACCCAUAAACAGAAAAGAGGAAGCUGAUGCAGCAAAACAAUAUUUUGCCGGUGAUUCUUAUAGUGAUCACAUAGCCCUUCUCAAAGCUUUUGAAGGAUGGAAGGAGGCAAAACAUAGUGGGAACGAAAAGGAAUUUUGUUGGGAUAAUUUCCUUUCCCCCCCAACCUUGCGGUUGAUUGAUGACAUGAGAAUACAAUUUCUCAAUUUAUUAUCUGACAUUGGAUUUGUUGACCAGUCCAAGAGUAUUAAUGCUUACAACCAGUACAGUCGUGAUUUGGAGAUGGUUUCUGCAAUCCUUUGUGCUGGGCUCUACCCUAAUGUUGUUCAGUGCAAAAGAAGAGGAAAACGGACAGCAUUCUACACUAAAGAAGUUGGGAAGGUUGACAUCCAUCCUGCUUCUGUUAAUGCUGGUGUUCAUCUCUUCCCUCUGCCCUACAUGGUAUACAGUGAAAAGGUGAAAACAACCAGCAUCUAUAUUAGAGACUCUACGAAUAUUUCAGAUUAUGCCCUACUUCUAUUUGGUGGUAAUCUUGUCUCUAACAAAACUGGUGAGGGCAUUGAGAUGCUUGGAGGCUACCUUCAUUUCUCUGCUUCGAAGAGUGUCAUUGAGUUGAUAAGGAAAUUACGCAUGGAGCUUGACAAGCUUCUAAACAGAAAGAUUGAAGAACCAGGAUUGGACAUUUCUGCUGAAGGAAAAGGAGUGGUUUCUGCCGCUAUUGAGUUGCUGCACAGUCAAAGCAUUCGAUAAUUUCUUUUUUUCCAGGAAUGAGGGCAUGUUGUUCUGAGUCCUGCCAUUCAUUAGCUAUUAUAAUUAGCGGAAGUUUUGACGAUUUUACUAGCAGUUUUUAUUAUUCGCUAACAAUGUUAUAUAUAUAUAUAGAGAGACAGGAUCCUUUGACACCGGUGUCAAAAAAAAAAUUUGACACCUCAUCUGAGAGCCGUUAGAUUAAAAAAAAUCAACGAUUCUGAUUUGUAAGCAUG